GCGGAGCGAGGGGCGGCUCAGAGCGAUCGUGGAGCUGAAGGGAGCGGGGAUAUCGCGAUAGAGGAGAACGAGGAGGGAGAUAUCGCGACUGGAGGGAUCGCUAUUGAAGAUAUCGCGACUGGGACGCUGUGACUGCGGCGGCCCCGCCGCUCGGAUUAACUGUCGUCGGGCUUCUGUGCCGUCCUUUGGAUUAUAUCGCGAUAUGACAUUGGAGGAGCUGCUGCCGUGCGAUAGCCCGAGGAUGCGCGCUGUCGGAGCGGCGGUGGAGCGGCUGUUGGCGGCGGCGCAGCGCAGCGCUCGGCUCAGCGUGGGGGUCUAUGAGGCCGCGAAGCUGCUGAACGCGGACCCUGACAGCGUGGUGCUGUGCGUGUUGGCCACGGACGAAGAGGACGAAGGUGAUAUCGCCCUUCAGAUCCAUUUCACGCUGAUCCAGGCGUUUUGUUGUGAUAACGACAUCCAUAUCGUGCGUGUAGCCGGGAUGAGGCGCCUGGCGGCUGUGCUGGGAGAACCGGCACCGGGAGCCGAACCUCGGGAUCUGCAUUGUCUGCUGGUCACGAUGCCCCAUGCAGACGCCUGGCAGAGCCACGGCUUAGCAGAGGUGGCCAAAUACUGCACCGAGAGCCGGGAUCGCAACCAAUGGGUUCCCGUGGUCAGGCUGCAGGAGCGUUGAGCUCAGCAUGGAGCUGGAGAGCAGAGCUGAGGGCAGCACGGAGCCACCCCAGCACCCUGAGCACAGAGAUGGAUAUACCUGAGCAACCAGAGGGGAUGGAGGGAGAGCAGCGCCUGGCACAGCAUGGGCACAGCUUAUGGGGCUGAGCCCUGGGCGGCCGUGGGGCGCACAAGGUCCUGUUUUGGGGUGGGGGGGUCCCUUUGGGGUCCCUGUGAGCGCCCAUGGAGCACUCGGUGCCUUUUGGUGAUGGAGGAGGAACGGAUUGAGCCCGAUGUCGUCCUGGUGCUGGAUGUGGAUGGAGGCGCCACGCUGGGUUUGGCUGCUUUGAUUUCUUUUUGCACUUGAGCCAAGAAGGGGAAGAUCCUGAGCUGAACCCCAACCCACCACAGACUCUAUGACUCUAUUCUUGGACUGACUGCAGAACAAACUUGGGGCUUUUUUUUUGGGGGGGGGGGGGGUUGUCCCAAUAAAUUUUCUAAGCUCGC